CUCAGCCAAUCACAAUCCAGAGGAUCCUCAUCCUCAACUCCAAUAAAGGCCGGCAGCGGCAUCGUUUCUACUCAGAUUUGGUCUAAAGCUCCACCAGAACCGGAUCACUAUCGUCGCAGACGGAACUCUCGCUGGAAGCUAAGAUGAAAAAGUUCGGCCCAGCGUUGCGCGUUCUCUGGGCCCUGACAAGUUGGUGUGCGUUCGUUGGCGUUUCGGCGUGUCCCGCCGUGGAGGAGGCGUUCGGAGCCGUGGCCGGCUUGCUGCUCCCCGACCAGCAGCGCCAGCAUCUGGGGGAAGGCUCGCUCGUCACUCUCUUUAAUACACUGGAGAACCGUGUGCAGUGUGGAGAAGUGCCGUGUGGAAAGUGCAACCUUACAGAUGCCGCCCACCAGCUGAUCAACAAUCACAGCGACCCCCGGCAGGGAAGCACCGAAGAAGAACACGGUGUCAACGUGUCGGGAUUUACGGCCCUCGCCGCUGGCUGCAUCGUGUAUCUGACCUCUCCUGACACGGUGUGCAUCGCGGCGGGCCAGGGGAGGUGGGGGCAGGAGGUAGAACACUUCCUGGAUGGAAUCGCAAGUGGCAAUUCCCAUGAGCAUCACCAUGAGGAAGAGGAGGGUGACGUGUGCCACGGGCAUGAACAUCGGCACGUGGGCCUCCGUGGAUUAGAAAGUGCGCUCAGCGAACUUCUUAAACACUAUGAGUCAUCAGGCAAUGAGGGCUGCGUCACAGCAAGCGACAUCAUGUUGGAGGUCGGCGCCCCAUCAGCGGAGCAAACCCAGGCGGCGGGCGCAGUUCUGGGUCGGGUCCUGUACCACGCCCUGCGAGGUCGAUGCUUUCGAUCGCUUCCUGAGGAGAGCUUCUUCCUGGAUUACAUCAUGCACCAACUGGGCUCUGAGAAUAUCACCAUCAAAGACCUGGAGGCUCUCAUGAAGUCUCUGGACGUGGGACCCAGCUUGGAGUCGAGCCAUGGACAUGAAGAGAAUAAGCACGCGCAUCAUGAUCAUGAUCACGAUCACGGUCACGAUCACGGUCAUGAUCACGGUCACGAUCAUGACAGCCAACACCAACACCCGGAACCAAACAGCACCUGGGAGGAGCACUGUUUUUCUGCACACGAAUUGGUGCUGAUCCACGGCGUGGGCGGGACCUCCCCAACCUUGGGUCGCUCGGACCUGGCCCGGCUUAGCCCGGCUCUGAUCCAGCAGAUCCUGAGUGGGGCCUGCUCCGGUUCGCGCCCGGCGAAACCAGACAAGCUCAGCAAAACGGAGAGGUACCUCUACGCAACGCUGGCCAACAUGGUCAUCGUGCUGGUGUCCAUGGUCGGCAUCCUGCUGCUGCUGUGCACGUCGUGCACCGUCGUCUACCAGCUGUGCAUCCAGUUCUGCAUCAGCCUGGCCGUGGGCUCGCUGUCGGGGGACGCCUUGCUGCACCUGCUGCCCAUGUUUCUGGGCCUGCACGUGCACUCGGACGAAGCCGGCGGCAGCGGGCUGACGCACCACCACCAUGGGCAUCAAGAGCCGGGGGUCUCGGACUACGUGUACAAGAUGCUGGUGGUAAUGGCGGGCAUCUACUACUUCUACCUGAUGGAGACGAUCUUCAACAUCAUCACGCGCGGACAUCGCCAGGACAAAUCGAGGGAUCACCACUGCGACCACGAGCAUGUUCUCGAGCUGUAUCAACACGAAAGGAAACAAAAAUACAAAUUGUACUCAACUCCCAAAGCAGACCCGGUAAAAGAGGAGGAGGCACAUGAAAGCGAUCUGCACAGCUCUAGCGGGAGGAUCAGAGAACGAUGGCUGCUGCCUUUCAUGAUCACCUUAGGGGACGGCAUCCACAACUUCGCCGACGGCCUGGCGAUGGGCGCCGCCUUCUCGCUCUCGUGGAAAUCCGGACUGGCCACGUCGUUGGCCGUCUUCUGCCACGAGCUGCCGCACGAGCUAGGCGAUUUUGCCAUCCUGCUGCACAGCGGCCUGUCGGUGCGCCAGGCGCUGCUGCUGAACCUCGCCACCGCCAUGACGUCCUUCAUGGGCCUCUACAUCGGCCUGGGCGUAGCCACAGACCUGGCCACCACGCAGUGGAUCGCCGCCCUCACGGCGGGCCUCUUCCUCUACGUGGGCUUGGCCGACAUGUUGCCCACCAUGAUCCACAUCAACUCCAAGAGACCGUGGCUGAUGUUCGCCCUGCAGAACGUCGGCCUGCUGAGCGGCUGGGGCAUCCUCCUGCUGCUGUCACUCUACGAGGAGAGCAUCAGCUUCUAGCAGCCUUGACCCUACUUUGGCCUCAGCACAAACAAUCACUUCUUUUCUAUGAAGUUCAAUGUUAAAAAAAAUAAAAACUCUUGCUGACA